CGUGGAGGUGGUGCCGCGCACCUUCCUGCAGGCGGGCCGCUGCCUGUCGGUGCGGCCGCACGGGCCGGGCGCCGAGCACCCCGAGCGGGACGCGCGCCAGGGCUACUCCAUCCUGCUGGGCCACGGCCGCAACGCCCCGCUCGGCGACCCCACCACCGGCUGGAACGUCUACGUGCACGAGGCGGACCAGCCCUUCAUCGAGGAGGGCGGGCACUCGUCGGGGCAGCACGAGCCCAUCUUCGUGGAGGUGGGCGAGGAGCUGCACAUCCGCGUGUCGGUGCAGGAGUACGUGCUGGCCGACCGGCCCCAGCAGCGCUGCAACGCCACCGCCGGCUACAGCUACGUCGAGUGCCGGGCGCUGUGCUUCUGGGAGCGGCUGGCGGGGGAGGCGGGCUGCUCGGCGCCCUGGCUGCCCCUCGACCCGCGCGCCCACCCGCACUGCGCCUCCGCCCAGGGCCACCGCGCGCUGCUCGUCGGCUACCUCAAGUG